AUGGCCGCUCUGCGUAUUAGUGGCUUGAUAUAUUGUACUUAUCUUACCUUCAAGUUCACCACUGUUCAUGUAUCACAUGAGGUCGACGCUGGUACUUCACCUCUGGAGGUCGACGCUGGUACUUCACCUCUGGAGGUCGACGCUGGUACUUCACCUCUGGAGGUCGACGCUGGUACUUCACCUCUGGAGGUCAACGCUGGUACUUCACUUCUGGAGGUCGACGCUGGUACUUCACCUCAGGAGGUCGACGCUGGUACUUCACCUCUGGAGGUCGACGCUGGUACUUCACCUCUGGAGGUCGACGCUGGUACUUCACCUCUGGAGGUCGACGCUGGUACUUCACCUCUGGAGGUCGACGCUGGUACUUCACCUCUGGAGGUCGACGCUGGUACUUCACCUCAGGAGGUCGACGCUGGUACUUCACCUCUGGAGGUCGACGCUGGUACUUCACCUCUGGAGGUCAACGCUGGUACUUCACUUCUGGAGGUCGACGCUGGUACUUCACCUCUGGAGGUCGACGCUGGUACUUCACCUCAGGAGGUCGACGCUGGUACUUCACCUCAGGAGGUCGACGCUGGUACUUCACCUCUGGAGGUCGACGCUGUCACUUGGUGGUAA